GCCUCUGAGCGAGCUGAACCGGAAGAGGGGCAGGGACUCGAUCACCGACCUGUCGACGCCGGAGUUUUUCCUGGCCAGGUUGUUGGCGCCGUGGUAAGGAGGGUUUCUGGCGCUUUCGGGGGGACGCUUGCAGUGCUUGGCGUAGAGGAGGAGGAGGAAGAGGAAGAGGAGGAGUCGGCGGUGGAGCAUGGUGGCGGCGGUGGUGGGAUUGGGGGAGAGGAGAGGGAAUGCGGUGGAUGGGGGGAAAAGGGGGAAGGUCCUUUUUGGGGGGUUGUAGUUGAUUAGAUUAAUG